AUGAUAGAACUUCCUCGGGAAUUGGAGGAAAAGAUACUCUCACUGACUCCAAUAAAGUCUUUCACUCGUUUCAGAUCCGUUUGCAAACGAUGGAACGCUCUUUUCAACGACAAACUUUUUGUCAACCAUCAUUUGUCUCUUGCUCGUCCACAAUUCAUUUUGUUUUACGAAUCCAAGAUUUGUAUUGUGGAUGUUAAUCUUGAUGGUCCAUCUAUAGAGGUACAUAACAUACCCAACUUUGUCCCCGGUUAUGGAGAUACUUUGGCCAUGACAGUUGAAUGUUGCGAUGGGUUAUUGAUGUUUUCAACAAUUAGAGGGAUCGGGAUAUGCAACCCAUGGUUGAGACAAAUUAUCUGGAACAAAUCCAUUGUACAUACUCAUAGUGGGAUAGGAUAUGACAAUAGUACACCCGACAAAGAAUACAAGAUCUUUGGUUCUUGUAGCUAUGCCUAUAAUGAUUCAACUCUGCAUGCUAAUAUCAUCAAGUUUGGAUCUGAUGCAAAGAAACCUAAAACGUACAAAGUUGCAAUUGACUUAUGUUCUACUUCCAGUAGUGUAUCCUUAAAUGGGAAUUUGUAUUGGAUUGUGUCUAGUAGAGUGUGUGAUGAUGAGCAUUUUAUUCAAACAUUUGAUUUCUCAACAGAGAUGUUUGAAUUUUAUUGUACCUUGCCUACUAAAAUCUCCAGUAAAUAUAAUCAUCCUAGAUAUCUUGACGUUUAUAGAGGAGAUCGUUUUUCAUAUUUAGAGCAACAAUGUGACACAAGGAAUAUGGAGAUUUGGGUGACCAGAAAAAAGAUUAAAAAUAAGGGUGGGGAGGCUGUGGAGUGGAUGAAGUUAAUGAAUGUGUCAGUUCCUGAAUGUUGGAGUUUUGAAUUCUCCUUUUGGUAUAAGCUAAGCUACUUCAUCGAUGAUAAAAGUCUUAGUCUCGUGUUGUGUAGUUGUACCGCUGGGGGAAAGACUAGCAUCUAUAUUGCGAAGGGAGAUAAGUUCAAUGAAAUUAAACUAGAUAACUUGGUUGAGGAUCAUCCACUACUUCGCCUUACAUAUUUUCCUAGUCUUGUCCAAGUUCCUACGUUCACGGUGAGCAGCAGGGAGCCUGUUGACUCCCGCUUUGCACUCCCUAAAGGAGUAGAGGUGAGCAAUGGAGUUGGAGAAAUUGAGUGGGACGAUGGCUUCUUCGAUCAUAUAUGGAGAAUAUAUGUAGGAGAAAGUGAUCAUGGUGGCGUCUUCCUCAAGUGUGACUACAUCAGGGAUAACAUGAAUUUUGUUGGAGCCGGUCACUGGAGUGCUAAAGCCCUUAUUCCAGAUCAGCCAGAGGACAGCGAGCUUAUGAUCUUUGACGAUGACUACAUCGAAGCCAUCGAGGGGACUUACACUGAGAGUCAAAUCACAUCCCUCACGUUCCUGACGAAAGGACAUUGGCGGUUAUCGUGCGGACACUUAAACGGUAAGCCCUUCGUGCUCCGAGGAGUAAAAGGUUCCAAGAUCAUUGGGUUUUACGGAAGAAGUUCUGGUGACCACCUCACAGCUCUCGGCAUCCACCUCUCUGCCCCCGGCUAG